GGUGCCAGUAGUUCCGGGGCCCUCUGCCGCUCGGCAGCCACCGCCGGGAGCGGAGGUCUGGAGUCGGUCCCGCAGCGAUGCAGCCGCCGCCGCCGCCGCGCAAGGUGAAGCUGACGCAGGAGGUGCGAGUCCAUCUCCUGGAGCAGCUCUCGGGCCUGCAGGGCAAGCAGCAGAGGGAUGCUGAGCUGCUGGAGGACAUCAGGUCCUACAGCAAGCAGAGGGCUGCCAUCGACAGGGAGUACGGCCAGGCACUGCAGAGGCUGGCGAGCCAGUUCCUGAAGAGAGACUGGCAGAGGGGCCGCGGCGAGGCUGGCGACUCCAGGAGCGCCGUGGCUGUCUGGAAGGGCAUCAUCGAGGGCACCGCCCAGGCCGGGCAGCUGCGCCUCGGCGCCUCCGACAGCUACCGAGCCCUGGCCGCGGAGGCUGCCCGCGGGGCUCGCCUCUCCAAGGAGAGGAUGCUCAAGAAGGGCAUGGAGAGGCUGCAGAGGGCACAGGCAGAGCUGCUGGAGACGGUGAAGGAGCUGGACAAGGCCAAGAAGCAGUUCAGCCACCUGCAGCGCAGCAGUGAGGUGGCCAAGGACAAGGCUGCGGACGUGGAGGCUCGGCUGCGGAGGAGCGACCGGAGGAUCUUCCACACCAAGGCCAGCCUGCAGAAGCUCAGUGCCAAGUUCUCAGCACGGCUGGCAGAGCACUCGAGGCAGCUGGCAGGGGUGCAGAACGAGUACAGCUUCGCCCUGGCUGCUGCCAGUGCCCACCUGCAGCACUACCAGCGGGUGGAGCUGCCAGCAGCCAUGCAGGCGCUGGACGGGGACCUGUACGAGCGGCUCCAGGGGCACCUCUCCGUGGCCAGCAGGACGGAGGUGGACACCUGCCAGGCCACCAGGGACUGGUUCCAGGGCGUUGCAGAGGCCUCGGCGCAGGUCUCCCGGGAGCAGGACCUCCUCCUCUUCCUGCAGGACCACCCCAGCUUUGCCCUGGCACCUCACCAGCAGCUGCAGCUCACCAGGGUGGAGGAGGUCUCCCUGCUGCCCUCAGGAGAUGAUGGCUCCAGCCUGGAGAAGGAGGCUCGGCGCUGGGCCACGCGGGUGGCCAAGGACCUCAAGAGCAAGGCUCACAGCGAGGAGGUGCUGCAGAGGCUGGAGGCCAGGAGGCAGCAGGGCCCUGAGGCAGAGGCUGCCAGCGUGGAGCGGAGGCUGGAGGAGGCGAAGGAGAGCAUCCGGAAGGCUGAGGUCAGCCGGGUGAAGGCAGAGGCACGGCUGGCACUGCUGCGGGCAGCAGGGCUGGAUGUGGACUCUUGGCUGGCAGGGGCCAUGGUAGGGGCAGGCCAGGAGCUGCCUGCGGGGUUGGACCCAGCUGAGUUCAGUGACUAUGACGACAGCGACGAGCCCGAGGAGGAGGAGGAAGAAGAGCCCAGCCCUGCCACCCGCCCCUACCCCUACACCUGCAGGGUCAUCUUUGGCUACCAGGGCUGCCAGGCAGACGAGCUGUCCAUCAGGCAGGGCGAGGAGCUGGAGGUCAUCGAGGAUGGGGACGCAGAGGAGUGGGUGAAGGCUCGCAACAAGGCAGGACAGGUUGGCUACGUGCCCGAGAAGUACCUCCUGGCCCUGCCGGGGGAGCCCAUGCCCGGGGCUGGCCCCCCAGGUCCCUCUGCCCUGCAGCGGCAGCUCUCCAGCAUCAUGGCUGCAGAGCUGGUGCUGGAGCCUGGAGCCUGGCUGGUGCGAGCCCUGUACGACUACGAGGGGCAGAGCCCCGAGGAGCUGAGCUUCCCCGAGGGGGCGAUCAUCAGGGUCCUGCCCAGGGCCCCCGGAGAGGUGGACGACGGCUUCUGGACCGGCGACUUCGACGGCCGCGUUGGGGUCUUCCCCUCCCUGGUGGUGGAGGAGCUGACCGGGGGGCAAGCAGCAGCUGGGCAGGUUGCCGCCAGGAUGGCACAGGCAGCGGGCACAGCUCUCCAGACCUGGCAGCCGCCCGCCUCCAGCCGCUCCGUGCGCCCCCUCCACCGCCUGGCAGAGCCCCCGAGCCUGGCCCUGAGCUGCACUUCAGCUGACCCUCUGGGGGUGCCCCCCCGGGUGCCCCUGCCCGCCAGAAAGCUUCACCCACCAUGCCAGCUGCCGUGGCUGCUGUGCCAGCAGCAGGGACUGGUGCCACUCUGUGCCCAGAGCUGGUCUCACUGCGGGCCACCUCCUGCCCAGCACUGCUUCCAUCCCUGGCAAGCCCAGCAGGGCACCCUGGCAGCCCUCAGCCGGGGGUGCUGAGUGCCAGGGCUGGGCCCCACCUCACCCAGACACCUGCCUGGCAUCCCCCAUGCACCCUGGGGUGCUGAGUGCCAUGGCUGGGCCCCACCUCACCCAGACACCUGCCUGGCAUCCCCCAUGCACCCUGGGGUGCUGAGUGCCAUGGCUGGGCCCCACCUCACCCAGACACCUGCCUGGCAUCCCCCAUGCACCCUGGGGUGCUGAGUGCCAUGGCUGGGCCCCACCUCACCCAGACACCUGCCUGGCAUCCCCCAUGCACCCUGAGGUGCUGAGUGCCAUGGCUGUACCCCACCUACCUGGCAUCCCCCCAUACACCUCGGGGUGCUCAGUGCCAUAGCUGUGCCCCACCUGCCUGGCAUUCCCCCAUGCACCCUGGGGUGCUGAGUGCCAUGGCUCUGCCCUACCUCACCCAGCCGCCUGCCUGGCACUGCCCACCCCUCAGCCCCACCCUGCUUCCCUGGCAGCCUGGGAGGGGCUCAGCCCCAGGGCUGCUGCCCCCCCCCCCCUCCCCGGGGGCUGUGCCCCAAUAAAGCUGGCAGUGCCCAGGGGUUCAGCAGCUUUAA